AUGUCCGGCCCUCAAGAGUACGGCAUCAGAUCAGAGCUCAUGGCCACAAAAAUCUUGCUCGAGGGUUCUCUCCCCGCUCUAAGCUCCACAGGCGCCAACGAUCGUGGUGAAAACUACGGACCCUUUCUGCAAAGACGGGUCGAUCAGCCCAUCAUCGAGUCACGCUUCACUCUCCGUAGCUUUCGAGAUGAGGGGAUAGGCGGAGGUGAGACUGCUGUGCCCGUACCGCUUGAAGUUGAAAGAGCCGCGGACGAGUAUGUGAGCUCGGUUGGGGCUUGCAUUGAGCCCUUGCAGUCUACAUUAGUCGACGCCUCGAUGUUACGAUGGGGCGAUGCAGCUGAAAAGUACCAAGAGUAUAACCGACAAGCUCAUAUCAACCAGCUUACCCUUCUUUCUGACGUCAUGCACGGCGUCUUCUUGGAUGAUGGGGGUAAUCUGAAUGGUCCAGACGAUCGACCGAUGGAUCCAAUGGAAUACGAGGAUAAGCUGGAGCGUGCAGUAGCGAGUGCGAAGGGUGUAGACGAGUUGUGCUGUGAAUCAGCAGGCACCAUCAAGCUAGCUUUCACCACCGGUAUCAAUCAACCCACGAGGCUAGCGCGAUCCCUUCCUUCUUCUGCAGGCGGGCAUGGCGGAGGGGUGAAUGGGUGGAAUGUCUCCAGUCCCCAAGCCAGUGUCUCGUGCCUAGUCAUGGACGAUUGUCCCGAAUGGAUCCACAAGAACAAGAGCGCGCAAAUAUCGUACAGCAGAGCGUUCUUUUCGGCCCUCAAUGCUGCGGUCCCCCAUGAGCAGACGUUCCGACUUGGGAGAAUGACAACAGCAGAAGACUUUAUGGUGGACACCAAUACUUACGAGCACGGUCUGUUCCGACAAGCAGCGUACAAGACUGUGGACGAGGUGUCUUUUUUGAAUGACGAGGGGAAUUCAGAAGAGAACAGUCAACUUGUGGAUGGACAUCUGGUAAAGGCUGCAUGGGUUGAUGCUUCCAUGUUCAAUGUUCUAUCUGGAAGUCCACUCAUAAAUCGACAAUGGUAUUUUAGAACUCGCUCGGAGUAUAAGAGAUCCAUCGAGGAGGGUCUGGAUAUUAUGCGAAGGGAGGUCGAAGGGACUGGAGCGAGUGAUACGGAUCAGUCUGGAAAGUCAAUAUGGGGUACCUGGACUGAGCUCUAG